GCCCGGCGUCGGGCCGUCCGACGGGCGGGAAGAGGUGGCCGCUCGGGCAGGAUGGCGGCGGUGGCGGCGGUGGGCGCGGGCGCGGGCGCGGGGGCUGGGGGCCCGGGAGCGGCGGGCGGCAGCGGCGGGGCGCGCGAGGGCGCGCGGGUGGCGGCGCUGUGCCUGCUGUGGUACGCUCUGAGCGCGGGUGGUAACGUGGUCAACAAGGUGAUCCUGAGCGCCUUCCCGUUCCCCGUGACCGUGUCGCUGUGCCACAUCCUGGCGCUGUGCGCGGGGCUCCCGCCGCUGCUGCGCGCCUGGCGCGUGCCCCCCGCGCCGCCCGUCUCGGGCCCCGGGCCCGGCCCGCAUCCGUCUCCCGGCCCGCUGCUGCCGCCGCGCUUCUACCCGCGCUACGUGCUGCCACUUGCCUUCGGCAAGUACUUCGCGUCCGUGUCAGCGCACGUCAGCAUCUGGAAGGUGCCAGUGUCCUACGCGCACACCGUCAAGGCCACCAUGCCCAUCUGGGUGGUUCUCCUGUCCAGGAUCAUCAUGAAGGAGAAGCAGAGCACCAAGGUGUACCUGUCACUCAUCCCCAUCAUCAGCGGCGUCCUGCUGGCCACUGUCACCGAGUUGUCCUUCGACAUGUGGGGGCUCAUCAGUGCCCUUGCUGCCACACUGUGCUUCUCGCUUCAGAAUAUUUUCUCCAAAAAGGUAUUGAGAGAUUCUCGUAUCCACCAUCUCCGGCUCCUGAACAUCUUGGGCUGCCACGCUGUCUUCUUUAUGAUCCCCACGUGGGUCCUGGUGGACCUUUCAGCUUUCCUGGUCAGCAGCGACCUGACCUACGUGUCCCAGUGGCCCUGGACACUCCUGCUCCUGGCUGUCAGCGGCUUCUGUAACUUCGCGCAGAACGUCAUCGCCUUCAGCAUCCUCAACCUCAUCAGCCCUCUGAGCUACUCUGUCGCCAAUGCCACGAAGAGAAUCAUGGUCAUCACAGUGUCCCUGAUCAUGCUGCAGAACCCGGUCACCAGCACCAACGUCCUGGGCAUGAUGACAGCCAUCCUGGGGGUCUUUCUAUACAACAAAACCAAGUACGAUGCCAAUCAGCAAGCCCGGAAGCACCUCCUCCCAGUCACCACAGGGGACCUGAGCAGUAAGGAGCACCAUCGGAGCCCCCUGGAGAAGCCCCACAAUGGCAUCCUCUUCCCCCAGCACGGGGACUAUCAGUACGGCCGCAACAACGUUUUAACAGAUCAUUUCCAGUACAGCCGGCAGAGCUACCCGUACUACAGUUUGAACCGUUAUGAUGUGUAGUCUAGAGGACAGGGCGCUACCUUUGUGUGACUCCUUCCCCCACUCCCUAGCAGUACCAGAAACUUCUGACAACCAAUGAAUGUACAAGCCAGCUGAGGGGACGGUGCGUAACCAUCAGCAGACCCCGGGGCUUCCUAGGCCCCCGGGGGCAGCAGGAUGCUGCCCCGCAGUAAGGACCACUACCCUCAAGCUCCAGUGUUCCAGGCCCUUUCUUCCUGGAGUCUGUCAUCUGAGGGCUGUGUUGGUAUGGAGAUCUUGGCCAGGUUUUUACCUUUGUGGACUUACUCCCCAAGUCACGUAUUUGAGAGUUCUAAUUCUGCUUUCCAGGUAUUUCCAGAUAACUCUCCGGAAAGGUGGGAUCGCUGUGGAUGCAGACCUCCGAGCAGGCCAGAGGGUUUUCUGGGUGUCAAGGAAGGAAUUUGCAGGGUGGUGCUUGAGAGGGACAGACCAGCCACUUUCAUUCCCCUGCUCAGAUAGGUCAAGGGCUGAGGCAGGCGUGGAGCAGAGGAGCAGCAGAGUUUACUAAAAGCAUCUCCAACAACAAAGAUGGACCCAGUUUCCGGUCAACCCCAUGGCCAUUUGCAGCAGUUACCAGCGAAUGUCCCAAAGAGAAAAGCUGCAAUUAGCCUUGAAUUCUUGGAGCCUACUUCUUUGACCUGCCCGUCAGAGCUGGUGUGUGUCCAGACCCAGAGGGAGGGCAGCCGCGCUCUCCUGUUCCCUCGCUUCCCUUGCCGGAGCAGGGCAUCGCUCCUCUCUGGGGAGAGCGAGGAAGAAGUGACUGCGGGGCUGUCAGAAGGAGCAUUAGGAAAUCAUGUCAGUGUUUCAAGCUCUAUUUCUGUCACACUCGUUUUUAUCUUUUCUGAUGAGUCUUCACCACUUCUGUGAGGACUUCGUAGGAUGUCUGGUGGGGAGAUGUUAAUUUCAUGAGGAUCUUGCAUUUUUCUGGGUAUUAUUUUGUAGUUGUAUUUAUACCUUGGUCCCCUGUAUGGGGCAGGGGACGCAUGAGGGAGGACUGGGUUAUGGAUUGAAAACCCUUUUGUUCUUAAAUGUUUAAAAACAAGAAAAGCUCCCUACUGGUGAUGCCAGUCUUGAUACAUUUCAGCAUUAGUAGGAAGUGACAAAGUGUCUUCAGGCUCCUCUCUAAUGGCCCCAGCUGCUGAAAGCGGAAUGAAUCGAGAACAUCAUCUCAGUAGUUUGUGUAAUAGACAAGACCACAGCACUUUGGAUUCCAUGACCUGAUCUGGUGUGUUUGCAGUAGGAUCUGAAUCAUGUCCUGGUGAAGGGGAGAAGGGGUGAGCACCGAGCUAUGGUUUGGGUUUAGAUAAAUCUGAUCAGGAAAAGUACCUGGCCCCAGCAGGUAGCCUGUGAGCCAAGGUUCAGGUGAGUCUCCAGCUUCCCCAGCCUCACGAGAGGACCCUGCCCUCACAGAGGGGACCAGUAGCUUGGCUGGUGGGGUCUUGGGUGAUGUCUGCCUUCCGCCUUCAGCACUGUGCCCAAUCUCUUGAAUAGGCACUUGGAGCAAGAAGAUGGGACAGUGGGUCACCCUUCACCUCCUGGUGAGUGAGGCGUUUUCCCAUCAGAGGAAGUAUCAUAGCCUAUGAUCGACUCUUGGUUUGGUUACUCCGUUAGCUUAUGAAUGGGCUGUUCCUGAGGAGGUCCCCUGGUCCCCUUCUGGCCUGAUUUUAUGCACCACCGGCUUCAGGUCCCUGUGCCGUUCGUUUGCUUUGUAAUUACUCUGGUCCCAAGUUUUGAGACAGUUGCUGUGUAAAACGGGAAGGAGAAAUCCCCAAAGGGGAUUUGGGAAAGAGCUUGCUGAGUGCCUCCACCAGGGGCACUACUGUCCAUAGCUGAACUUUUCUCACUGGGGAAGAGCAACAAAUGGGGAUAAUUUUGCAUCACAAAGAUAUUACAGUAGUUGUCUUUGUGAUUAUAGUAGCUGAUUCCUUGGACAGAUAAUUGAACUCCAAAAUGAACUUACACGUCUUUUCGGUUUUAAUGAAAUUCCUGAUGUUGCUAAAAUUUGUAUAUUGAUUUGUUUUCCCUUUUCCAACGCAAGAUCUGCUGGUGAGGGGAAAUGACUGCUUUUAUUACGGUUUAUAAAUUAAUAAAUGGGGUAUUUAAUUCUGUACAUAAAUCUACAGCAAGUACAUACACUGGAAUGAAUGAGACAAUCAUAUUAGACAAAAUCAUAUCAAAAGACAGAGACAUACUUUUGAGACUUGAAGGUUCAGAGCUGACAUUGACCUCCUGAAGGCCAGUUUUCCAGCCACUUUGGCCCUGGCCCAUGAGCCAAACCCCACUCCCACAUUCACCUUUACAGCUCUGUUCCCCUCACCCUCCUCCCUGCUGGGGUUUGUGGUAGCAAAUUAGUCUACCCACCCAUGGUAUGGUCUUGCUUGCGACACUAACUCGAACCCAACUCCUUCAUUUUACAGAAGGGGAAAUGGAGGCUCAGAGGGCAUUUUUGAAUAGUGUUUGUUCACUAUUUGAAACUUGGUGUGGACUUUUUAGGCACCUUAUUUUAAGUCAUUCAUUAUAGGGAAAAACCCCUAUUCAAAGGAGGGAAGCCAAGUAUGUUGAAGUGAAGAAGCACUUGGGAUUUCCGAAUUUUGCUGUGUAUUUGGCAUACGUCAUAGAACAGGCCCUUUAUUAUUACUGGGACAUAACCAGGCCUGGAUACCUUAAGGUCUCACAGCCUUAAGGGGGCAGAACAUUAAAUUACUCAAGGAACUGAAAAUUGUGAAUUCUUUUUUUCAACUGUCACCUAUUUUUAAGACUUAAAUGCUAUAGACUUCUGUGGGAAUGAUACUGUAUGUAUAUUCAUUGAUGGCAUUUACCAAAAAUAAACAGUGGUCGCCAGGGAA